AGACCAAUGGGCAGUGUUGGGGGCGGGGUGUUGCGGGGAUUCAGAGUGAGGGGCCGCUGUACUCCCUCCCAGCCUCCGCCUCCCCGCCUGAUCUGUGUCUCUCUGUUUCCGUUCCUAGUGCAUGGUGGGCGAAGGGAGGAAUUGUUGGAAAAAAAGAGAUAAACAGAGAAACCCAAAGUAUGGCGGAAUUCCAGGGAAUGGGCAACGGUCAGCAUGUCACACUGUGCCUAACUGAAGCUGUAGCAGUAACAGAUGGUGAUCGACUGGAAAAUAUGGACGGUGUGAGUUUACAAGCUGUUACUCUUGCAGAUGGAACUACAGCAUACAUUCAACACAAUCCUAAAGGUGUAGACUUUCUGGAUGGGAAGUUAAUUGAUGGUCAAGUAAUUCAACUAGAGGAUGGUUCUACAGCAUAUGUCCAACAAGUUUCAGUACCAAAAUCAGGAGAUUGUUUGCGUUUUGAGGAUGGACAGGCAGUCCAACUAGAGGAUGGAUCAACUGCGUUUAUCCAUCAUACACCAAAAGAUGGCUAUGAUCCAAAUGCAGUGCAAGCAGUCCAGUUGGAAGAUGGAACUACUGCCUAUAUCCACCAUACAAUACAAGUUCCACAAUCUGACACUAUUCUUACCGUUCAAGCUGAUAGCACCCUAGCAGGAUUACAUACAGGAGAAACCACAGUAGAUCCUGAGACCAUCACUGCACUUGAACAGUAUGCUACAAAAGUAACUGCUGAUGGAAGCGAGAAUGUCAGUAGUACAGGAUUAGUGAAUGAGAGUGAUCAUGAGAAAAAAAUGCAGAUUGUUCUUCAGGGCCAUGUAACUGCACGAGUGAGUGCCAAGGCUCAACAGCUGGGAGAAAAGGCUUUUCGUUGUGAAUAUGAGGGUUGUGGAAGACUGUACACUACUGCUCAUCAUCUCAAGGUACAUGAGCGGGCACAUACGGGGGAUCGCCCGUAUAGGUGUGAAUAUCCAAGCUGUGGAAAAGCUUUUGCUACAGGAUAUGGAUUAAAAAGCCAUACAAGAACCCAUACAGGAGAAAAGCCAUACAGAUGCCCAGAAGAAAGUUGUGACAAAGCGUUUAAAACCUCAGGGGAUUUGCAGAAACACAUCCGAACUCACACAGGUGAAAGACCAUUUAAAUGCCCAUUUGAAGGCUGUGGCAGAUCGUUCACCACAUCAAAUAUUCGUAAAGUGCAUAUUCGGACUCAUACAGGUGAAAGGCCAUAUUUCUGUCCAGAGGCUGGCUGUGGAAGAGCCUUUGCUAGUGCCACCAAUUACAAGAACCAUAUGAGGAUACACACAGGGGAAAAGCCUUAUGUAUGUACUGUACCUGGUUGUGAUAAGCGUUUCACUGAGUACUCCAGUUUAUAUAAGCACCAUGUAGUUCAUACCCAUUCUAAACCUUACAACUGUAACCACUGUGGCAAAACAUAUAAACAGACCUCUACCCUGGCAAUGCAUAAACGAACUGCACAUGGUGACAGUGAACCAACUGAAGAAGAAGAAACUUUCUUUGAAUCACAAGAUGUUACCUCUGGAGAUGAAAUCCUUAAAGGACAACCAAUUACCUAUGUAACCGGAGUUGAAGAAGACAAUGGAUUAUCUGGACAAGUUACUACAGUUGCUCAAGCAGACGUAGGUCAACAUAUGGCCCUUAUUGCCCAAGAUGGUACACAGCAACAGGUCAACAUAUCUCAGACAGAUCUGCAAGGAAUUGGCAAUACUAUAACAAUGGUUACACAGGAUGGGACUACCAUCACAGUCCCAACGCAUGAUGCAGUUAUUUCAACACAAGAUACGCACUCGGUUACAAUGGUAACAACAGAUGGUUCAGAUGGUCAACAGGUGGCUAUAGUGACACCAGAUUGUGAGAUGAGAGGUGAGGCUACUAUAGCUGCAUUACAAGCUGCAUCUGUUGAAGUGGAAAAAAUUGUUACCCAACAGAAUCAUGAGCAUCAUUUAGUAACUGGAGGAGCACGACCUGUAACAUUACUGGCUACGGCAAAUGGCACUCAAAUUGCAGUGCAGCUUGGCGAGCAGCAAUCAUUGGAGGAAGCAAUCAGAUUAGCAUCUAGAAUACAACGUGGUGAAUCACCAGGGCUUGAUGAACAUCAAUAAAGAAAUAAUUGAAAAUAAUGUAAGGGCUGCAGUUCUGCCUAUUUCUAACAAUAAUUGUACUGUAUAUAAUACACAGACUGUAUCACUUACAGGCCCUGUGUAGCUUUUAAACAUUUUUAAAGCUGCAAUAUAUUGUUGUAAACGUCAUGAAUUUUUCAAACAUUCAGAGUACUAGUUGAAAAUAAGCUAAUGAAGCAAAGUUUUUGCACUGCAAACUAGUCUAAGAAGUUGAGUAUUAAUUUAUCUCCAAUCUUUGCUUGUAUACUGUUCUAAUUUAUUUUGUCACUGCUCAGGUCUAUUAGAUGCAGCGCACUUAUUUGAAAGAAAAUAGUAUCUUUGCAAAACUGUAUUCGAGUUGGAGGUAUGAGUCAGAAUAAUAAUUACUGUACUACUGAUUUCCAGUUUAAAGAUAUGGAUUCUUUAUUCCUAAUUAGUUCAUCAACUUUACUGGACACAUACAUUUCCUGUUAAAUGGUUUUGCUAAAGUUUGCAUAAACGUCUGAUGAUAUAUUGCAGCUUUAGAGUGUAAAUUAUCACUGUCUGUUAAUUGUGUACAGUUUGGACUAAACAAAUCAGGUUCUUGAUAUUAAGGUACUUUAAACUGUAGACCCGAAAAUGUGGAGCAUGCAUUAAAAAGUUAUUUCUGCAUGUAUUUUAACACCUGGGAAAUCUAAGUGAUAGAAUAUUAUAUUCUAGUGCACACAUUAAAGAGAUGAACAUAUUUGGGACUACAGUUUUACACUUUUAUGGAAACUAAUUUCAUACUACUAAAAGGUGUUUGAUCUUUGCUUGUGACCAAUUACCUGUAAAUACAUACUAAUGCCACAGAUGUAACCUACAUUUUACUUUUUACGUAUGAUCAUGUAAAAGUACAAAAGGAGGAGCUUUGGUUGUGCAAUAUUAAACAUAUACAAUCCAAAUUUAUGUUGCUUUAUUCAAAAAACACUUUUUUUGUGUCAGGCAUUAUUCUGAAGGCAUUUUAAAUGAUGAAAACAAAGGGAAAAAAAUACAAUUGGUUGCAUGAAUGAUUUGAUGAAUUGAUAAUAAAGGUGCAUCGUGUGCGUAGGGUUUUAAACAGAUAUGCUUUAGAUUUUGGCAA